GUCCCCACCCGGUCCCGGCCCGCCUCCGCCCCGGGCCCCUCCCCGUCCCCACCCGGUCCGGGCCCGACCUCCUCGGGGCCCCCCGCCCGCCUCCGCCCACGGCAGGAUGGGCGACAACACCAGCCCCAUCAGCGUGAUUCUGGUGAGCUCGGGCAGCAGGGGCAAUAAGCUGCUGUUCAGGUACCCCUUCCAGAGAAGCCAGGAGCACCCGGCGUCCCAGACAAGAUGUAGCCGAUGCCUGCUCGGUGCAGAAUAUUUGGAAAAUAAGCCUCGUAGCAGAUACGCCGUCAACAGCACUGGAGACCAUGCAGACGACCAGGAUGGUGAUUCCAGCGAGCCAUGUCCUCCAACCGAUGAGCGAUUGGUUGCAGGGUUUUCGGAUGUCAUUCUGGCAACAAUUUUGGCAACCAAGUCUGAAAUGUGUGGCCAAAAAUUUGAACUGAAGAUUGAUAACGUGCGGUUUGUUGGGCAUCCAACACUGCUGCAGCAUGCUCUGGGGCAGGUUUCCAAAACAGAUCCAUCUCCGAAGAGGGAAGCUCCCACCAUGAUUCUUUUUAAUGUGGUGUUUGCACUGAGGGCCAAUGCGGACCCGUCGGUGAUAAACUGUCUGCACACCCUUUCCCGACGCAUCGCCACCGUGCUGCAGCAUGAGGAGCGCCGAUGCCAGUACCUCACGAGAGAGGCCAAGCUGAUCCUGGCGCUGCAGGACGAGGUGUCCGCGGUGGCUGACGCAAAUGAUGGUCCUCAGUCCCCAUUUCAUCACAUUCUGCCCAAGUGCAAGCUGGCCAGGGACCUCAAGGAAGCUUAUGACAGCCUGUGUACUUCGGGCGUGGUGCAGCUCCACAUCAACAGCUGGCUGGAGGUGAGCUUCUGCCUGCCCCAUAAGAUCCACUACGCCGCUGCCAGCCUCAUUCCACCCGAGGCCAUCGAGCGGAGCCUGAAAGCCAUCCGCCCGUACCACGCUCUACUGCUGCUCAGUGAUGAGAAGUCCCUGCUGGGCGAGCUCCCGCUCGACUGCUCCCCGGCCCUGGUGCGCGUCAUCAAGACCACAUCCGCCGUCAAGAACCUGCAGCAGCUGGCCCAGGAUGCAGACCUGGCCUUGCUGCAGGUUUUCCAGCUCGCGGCCCACCUGGUGUACUGGGGCAAGGCCAUCAUCAUCUACCCGCUGUGUGAGAACAACGUCUACAUGCUUUCUCCCAAUGCCAGCGUGUGUCUGUACUCCCCACUGGCCGAACAGUUCUCCCAUCAGUUUCCAGCUCACGACCUGCCCUCUGUCCUUGCGAAGUUCUCCUUGCCUGUCUCCUUGUCAGAAUUCAGGAACCCCCUCGCCCCCCCUGUGCAGGAGACCCAGCUCAUUCAGAUGGUGGUGUGGAUGCUGCAGCACAGACUCCUUGUCCAGCUGCACACCUACGUGUGCCUGAUGGCCUCGCCCAGUGAGGAUGAGCCCCACCCUCGAGAGGACGAUGUCCCCCUCACCACCAGGGUCAGCGGCCGCAGCCUCAGCACACCUAAUGCGCUCAGCUUUGGUUCCCCAACCAGCAGUGACGACAUGACCCUCACUAGCCCCAGCAUGGAUAACUCCAGCGCGGAGCUCCUCCCCAGUGGGGACUCACCACUCAACAAGAGGAUGACGGAGAACCUGCUGGCCAGCCUGUCCGAGCACGAGCGGGCUGCCAUCCUCAGCGUGCCUGCAGCCCAGAACCCCGAGGACCUCCGCAUGUUUGCCAGGCUCCUGCACUACUUCCGUGGCCGCCACCACCUGGAGGAGAUCAUGUACAAUGAGAACACACGGCGCUCCCAGCUGCUCAUGCUCUUUGACAAGUUCCGCAGUGUGCUGGUCGUGACCACCCAUGAGGACCCGGUCAUCGCUGUCUUCCAGGCACUGCUCCCCUAGGCCAGGCCAAGGCCGAGGGGACAGGCAGGCCGCUGCCCUCCAUGUUCUCGUUCUCAGCCGGCCUUUGAGACAGCCUCAGUGUCCGAGCUCCCAGCCGCAGAGAGUGUCCAGGACUUAGGCCUGUGUUCUCCCCACACACAGAAUCGGGCCGUGCGUCUCUCAGACCCUCCUCCCAACCCUGGCCUCGUUCCCCGGCCCCCCUCCACGGCUGCCUUCCCCACAGCCACCCUGGGCAAUACACAGAAACGUGUCUGAGGCCAAGAGCGGACGAGAGCCCGGCCCAGCCCCCACUACAGCCUUCGUGUUCGCCUCCAGGAGGCUCAUGACUAGGCUGUCACCCACCCCCUCUUUGACAUCUGCUGCACAAGGGCCUGAGCUGAUCCACGUCUUGGGGGUGAUUCUGC